GCUGGUGUGUCCAAUGGGACACAGAACCGCGUCUCCAAAUUUUGGACUUUUCGAACGGAGAAACUCCAUAUGCCAAGCGUGAUUUCCGAAGAGCCCAAGGAUGUGGAUCUCAACGUGGCAGCCGAAGGUGAUUCCGAGCAGACGGCCGCGCUUGUGGAUGGGCCAAAUAGCUCUCCAGUGAGCCUGAUUGCACCACAUUUAGCCUGGCGGCGACAAGCUUUGUUGCUGCAGGAAGGUCUUCAUGUGGCUGCGGUUCACAUCGCCUCAUUGCUGGGAUGCGAAGAAGGUGGUUGGGAGAACUUCGACUUCGAAGCUCUGGAGGAGCAAGUGCAGUUCACCCUUCACGGACUUUUGCAAGGGCUGGAGGCCUGCAAUUUGAGGCUGGAGAGACUGUAUGUGGACUUCGAUUGCUUGGAUGACGGUGCUGCCGAAGGUCCGAAACUGGAGGGCAAGCCUUGCCAAAAGGAGGUGCAAGGUGACUGUGCCGCACUGCAGAAGCGCAGCAAUGGCUGGCUGCGGUGUUCUGAUCGUGCCAGGGCCUGGGAGAUCAAGGCCACGGGUCAUGUCAUGGGCCUUGAAGCGUUGGCGGAUUUCCUAGAGGAGGCCGUCCCAGAGAUGGAUCGCUUGGUCUCCUGUUGUGGCGACUUCGCGGCCCGGCGCCGCGCUGCAGUGGCGCGGGCCAAGGCUGCCAUUGAAACUGCAGAUGCAGAGGAACGUGCCUCCGCUGUGGGAUUGCUACAGGUUACUGGCGGUACCCCGGCCCUGCCGCUAGUUGGUUCCAGGAAGCGCUCUCGCCGUCCAGUCGUGGGGGAUCCUGAGGGUGUAUGCAAAGGUGUAGACUUUCCGCGAAUCACAGAAAUCUGUCAGCGCGUGGCUGAUCGACCGGAUGAGGCCGAGCAGAGCGCAGCGAUGCUAUGGGCAGCUUUGUCGAGUGAGGUCAAUUCAAUCGAGGGCCAUGAAGCACCUCGACGACAGCUCAAGGCCCUGACCAUCGCCCAUGAGCUGCUGUACGACGAUCGCGUGCUCUUAGCCUUCACGGAACAGGACACAACACCUUUGAAAGGCUUGGAGUCCUCAAGGCCGGGAACACUUGGCAGAGCUGCAGAGGAAGCCAUGCGAAUGCUGGCAGCCGAAGUACGCCGCCGCGUGGAGGAAGCUCGAGAGAAGCGUGGCACCAGGCGCCACACGACCUGGAGCUUUACCUUACGCCGAGGUGAUGGCAAAUCGCCUGGCUCCAGUCCCAGCGGUCCCCAGCCGAGGUUGAGGAGCUCCAAAUCCAUGCCCUUGGAGGUGCAGUGCUCUGUGCUUUCUGGUGCCAAACUGGAGGUUCGCGCUGCAGGGAGUGGUGAAGUGCCCGACUUCACUUUCUGCAUGGUCCAGGCAGGUGGAGCUCCGUGGAUUGGUGGCGGCUUCGAGGAUACCAUCAAUGAAUUUCUCACGUAUCGAGAAGCUUUGAUGAUGAGGCUGCGACUGACUCUACUUGCAGGGCGCCCAGAUUUGCCUGUGCAUUUGGAGCAACGUCGCAGUGCACAGGAGGGUCUUUUGGAGCUCCAGGAUGGUCAUUUGACUAAGCCUGCGACAUCGCUGCGGAUCCCCCUGCUCAUGUCGGAUAUUGUCUACGAACGCGUUCCCACGGAUUUGCGUCACCUCGGGGACUACAUCAUGGCAGUCGCACCUAGAGGGCCAACGCUCCGUUUAGGCGAAGGUGUCGAGAGUGAUUUGAAGCAGGUGUGGUUCCUGUGUUUUAGAGGUGCGCAAAAAAAGUUCGAAGAAUUCCUGUCCCAGCUUUGCCAUGCUGGUGCUCUACGUUGGGACGCCAUGGACGUAUUGAGCCAAACGUGGCGUCUGUUGCAUGUGGGGCGCUGCACAGUGGCGUCCUGCUGGCCCAGGAUGGCCAUUGGCACCACCAAAGAUAGCGGAAAAGUGGCGUUGCCAGCAUGUGUCGCCGUCAAGACCAUGGAUUUUUCAGCAGUAGAGAUGGAGAAAGAGUUGAAGAUUCUCAGACGAUGCCACCACCAUCCAAGCAUCAACAGCUUUAUGGGCAUUUUUUGCCUUGAAGAUCCCUCAAAGAUUCCAGCUUCAGCCACUCAGGGACGAUGCUGGGCCAUGGUGACCGCAUUGGAAAGUGGAAACGACCUCCAAAGAAGAGUUGAAGCCAGGAAAUUCCUGGAAGAAGCUACAGUCGUGAAAGCGAUGUUAGGAGUGAGUGGUGCUGUGGCCUUCCUUCACAAAUUGAACAUCAUUCAUCGAAGGGUGGAGGCAUCACACAUUUUGCUCAACUACGAGGGCACUGGUAUCCUCACAGACUUCAGUUCUGCCGUGGAUCUUUCUGAGACUCCCAGCCAUUGGGCACCCAUUCCGAGCAACCCAAACACUGCCCCGGAGAUCCCGACGGGAAAGUACGAUGGGAUGGUGGAUGUUUUCGGAAUUGGAGUGGUUCUAUACUUUGCCCUUUGUGGCAGUUUGCCCUUCACUAUAGGUACCGAAAGGACCAGGAAGCAGGGCAAAGUCAACUACACUAUCGCCGCACUGGACCGUGCAUCCAAUGGCGUGCGGCUUCUUCUGCGCGCGGCUUUGGCCCGUGAUGCGCACAAUCGUCCAACGGCGAAAGCUGCUUUUGUGGCACUCUGGCACUUGGCCACCGAAGAACAGCGCAUGGCGUGUUUGUGCGUGUACUGGUCAUCAUCAAACGCGCUCGUUUCAUCGCCUGAGGUCUUCCUCCGCAAGUUGCGGAGAUGGGGUUCCUGGUACCGCUUUGAUGGAGAGGAGUUGCAGCUGCUGGAAAGCCUCAGGGAGAACUUUCGAGAGCUCUUGAAUGCACUGGCACGACUGCGGGAGGAGCUGGACUGUUUGGAUGAUGGGUCCUCAUCCAUGCCCCUGUCUGCCGCAGUGGAAGAGAUGGCACCCUGGUUAUUGCUGGCUUCCCAGGUGCAGGCGCAGCAUGGCGCAGCUGUUUGCAGAUCUUUAGGUAUUCGGCUGGAAGCUGCUGUGGAUUCAGAGAAGCUGGCUGAUUUCGUGGAAGAGGCUGGCUCAAAGUCCAUCAAUCGAGCACAUUUCGAAGCAGUCCACAAGGAGAGAACGAUGAUGAACGAUGAGUGUGUGUGUGUGAGAGCCACCAAAGCAGGAUGCAAUCCACGGCCCAAGGCCUUCACAGGCCUCCGAGCAAACGACAUGCCCUACAACGUGCCGCAUGGCCAGGAAAUGGGAGCCACGCUCAGCGCCUUGCCGGCCUCCAAGGCUCUGUGCAGCCUUGCUUGGGUUUCGUCGCCGGGCUUGCCUACGCAUGCCUUGCGACGCAAUCUGGUGCGAAUUUUGGGUCUGCGACGAGAUGGGGCGCUGACGGCGGAAACCUCCCUAGAGCGCGAAGUGCAGCGCUUUCAACAGCUGCGGCACCAAGCAGUGGCGCGCGCCAAGGCUUUCAUUGAGGUGGAUCAUUGCCAUGGCAUCGGAGGGUAUUGGUCUGGAAUGGUUGACCGUGGUGGACUGGAAGUGACCAUUGAUGAGCGUGGUGUUUGCUGUUUGUUCAGAGGACCUUUGCUGGACUUUGAGCCUGAGGACGAAGUGGCAGAAGGCAUGGUGUCAUGGCUUUGCCACGGUGGUUUUGA